CAAAGGCCCACGCCGCCCCCCGCCACCUCCCCAUUCCGUCCCCCCUCACCACCGCACGCACGCACGCCCUCGCUCCUCGCCGCCGCCGCCGUCGUGGUCUAGGUCUCGUGGAGGAGAUCCGCCGGGCUGCCCGGUCCCGCGGCCCGCCGCUCUCCCUCUCUCCGGACCGUACCUCGGCCGCCUCGCUGCCCCGGGGGCGCCGCGUCGUGCGGGGGGCCGCGCGAGCUACCGGCGGCGGAGGAGACCGCCGCCAUUUCCGUGCGACGGUGGCCCGCCACAUCGGAAUGCGCUGUUACGAGUACAAAUGUUUUUCCGGAUGGGAGCUCAAAUUUUGAGCUGAAAUCCCACCGUCCACUCCCCUCCCGUCGCCUCCCUCGAUCCCUCCAAACGCCGCCCAACCUGCGCCCUCCGCCGGCGCCUGCUCCGGCCUCCGCGCGACCCAGCCGUCGGGAGGGGCCUCCUGGCCCUCGCCUUCCUCUCCGGCGACGCCUCCCCCGGACCUCGCCAUCGUUGCCCCCUUCCUGCAGGCCGGAACUGGAGCUGGUCCCUGGAGGCUAGAGGUUGGCGCCCCCUGCUCCCUGGAGGAUGGCGCCCCCUACUCCCUGUCCCUGAUGUUAGCUCAUUUGAAGUACAGUUGUUGAUGUUCUGAUUGAAGAAGCUGAUAGGAUCGUUUGGCUCCCAUGGACAAGAUACAAUCUGAUUGCCCUUAUCCUGGAUGUUUCUUCUGUGUUAUGAAGGAGGCAAACCCUAGUAAACGAAGAGCAAGUGUGCUUAAGUUCUUUAGGGAACUUCCUUCUCAAGAUGAUGAUGGCCAAGUUCUCCCUAUUAGCGGCCUCUGGAACACUGCAAUGGCUCACCCAAAUGAUCCUGAGUUCAUCAACUUGGGCAUAUUUGAAUGCAUGGCAGCUCUUAUAUGGAAAGGAUUGAAAAAUAGGCGCUGGCUUGCACAUGAUCAGAAUAUUUACAUCCCAUAUUAUGCAGCUCACAUAAUUGGAUCAUAUACAAUGAAUAUGGAGGAAUUUGCAGAACGUGCUGUUCGUGCUGGUGUUAUACCUCCAUUAGUUGAACUCCUAAGAGGUAGGCUGACAUGGGUGGAGCAAAGGGUUUCUGUUAGAGCUUUGGGGCAUUUGGCUACAUAUCCUAGUACAUUUCCUGCAGUUGCCGAUCAUGGAGAAGUACUUGAACUUGCCAUUCAACUUGCUUCGAGCUCUUUAGAGAUCGUGUACUCUCACUUUUACCAAUUUGUGGAUCGAAGACUUGGGUACCAUUGCGAUCUUCUGACUCGUGGCAUGGGUGGUGUGGAAAUGGAAUCCCGCAAAGCUGAGGAAUGGGCAAGUCAACUGCAGUGCUGGUCUUUGCAACUCAUUAAUUGCUUUGCAUUUAAACCUGAAUUCCUCCACGAUAUUUGCAAGGCUGAUUUUCUUAUCAAGUUACCUGGAAUGUGGGGUGGACUUGUGAAUGAAAACUCACCUGCUGGUGUUGGUUUGCUAAGAACAAUCUGCCAGAGCAAGGUAGGCAGAGGUCAUGUUGCUAACAUCCCUGGUACCAUUGACGCUUUAUGCAACAUUGCUCGUUCUUCAGAUGACUGGCAAUACAUGGCAGUUGAUUGUCUGAUCUGGCUAGUGCAGGAUGCAAGUACUUGUCAUAAGGUUAUAGAUAAAGUUGCACCAACACUUAUAGAUUUAGCAAAUAUUUCGACACUGGGUGAUUAUAAAAAGCUCGGUGACACUAUCGUCACAGUCCUCCAAGAAUUUAUGCAACAGAGUGGGAACUCACGCAGUACAAUUAAUGCUCAGACAAAAGAAGAAAUUGCUGAGCUCUUGAGAUCCAAGCAAAGUUUGAAAUUGGAAAAGAGUAUGCCAAAGGAGGAUCUUCAUAUAAAGCAAGCUGCAGCAUUGGUUGUAAAGUUGGAAGGCAAUUCUCUGUUCUCUUCAGGGAAUAUUGCAGGAGCUGCAGAGAAAUACUCCGAAGCACUUGCACUAUGUCCAAUGAAGUCUAAGAAAGAGCGGGUAGUGCUUUACAGCAAUCGAGCCCAAUGUUAUCUUCUCCUGCAGCAGCCAUUGGCCGCCAUAAGCGAUGCUACUCGAGCAUUGUGCCUUCAUAGCCCUGUGAACCGGCAUGCCAAGAGUUUGUGGAGAAGAGCUCAAGCAUAUGAUAUGCUUGGUCUUGCCAAGGAGAGCUUGUUGGAUGCAAUCCUCUUCAUAAAUGAGUGCUCUCAGUCAAACGAUCCCGACUUAUCCCUGAAGCAAAACAAAGUUCCUGAUUACGCUGAGCGAUUGGUGAAGAAGCAGAUGCGUGCUGCUUGGCUAUUCAGGGAAGCAGCUCUGAAGCAUGGGGGUGUCCAUUGUGAAGGAGAUGCUAGCGAUGCAUUUGGGCAAGAGGGUGAUGACUCUGAGUGGGAAACAGCUAGCGAAAGCGAUGCUGAGAAUGAUGCCAGGGGAGAAGCAGAUGAUGAAACUGAAUGGAAGAAUGAUGGUCACCGGGAAGAUUUCUGUGAGAAAAGCUGAGGAACAGGCUCGGACUGUUUACAUCAUAAUUAAUAUCUUUGCUACAAGAAGUGCUAGUCUUCUGGAAUGAACGAAAUUGUGCAUUGUUUUUUGUUUUUUUUUAUUUCUGAAGUUUGGCAAAGAGGCCAUAAUCAUGGCACUCUUCUCUUCCCACUGGACAUAUCUGGAAUGUGAAGGGAACGGUUAUGUAUUUGGUUUUUUGGUAUACCAUGUCUACUGUUAUGUGAUGGAACAAGUAGGUUUGUAGCUUGGGUCAUGAAAUUACCGUGCUGGGUACUCUCUCUGUUUGCCUGUUGAAUCCUUUUAAGGGAGCUGUUGGGGGCACAAUGCCAACAGAUGUGAAAAGGAAAUAGAAAUGAAAUCCAGUGCGUGUAUGCCGUUA